AUGUCUUCAAUAACUCUGCCUUCAAAUGGUGUCAAAAAAAGCAUAAGUCAUAACAAUGUAUAUUUCAAUUCGUUUGUUAAUGAAAUUGCAGAGAACGAAAACAUUACAUUGCAAAGAAUUGACGAAGCUUGGCAAGUUCGCGACGUGGAAAAAAUGUUGCAGCUCAUAGAGGUAAGCCUGUAGUCAAACAUCCUUUGAGUUUUUUGAAUUGUUUAACAGCAAGAGAAGUAAAGUUAUCAAAAGUUUCUUGUGAGCUCUUAUUUCUUCUGUUUCAUUAUUUCCUUAUCGUUAAUUCAAUUUUUUCAUCAGGAGAAUAUUUUCCCCAGUGAGAAGAUUCAGAAAAAAGUCCUUGAUUAUUGGGACAAAGCACACUAUUAUCAGGCGGCGAAGAAGAGCCGAAAGCCGCUUACUGCUUUAGCUAGAUUUAGAAUCCGGGAGCGGUAAGUCUGAAAAACUGUGCUCUAAAACAUUGAAAACUCUGUUAUGUCUUGCUAGAAAUCGCCUUCAAUGUGUAACAAUGGUAUUUCAUGUUUUCGAAGUGCAAAAGGUUGACUUAGUUUUAUGUCGAUAAAUGUUUCACCGAGCCGGUUGGGCAACAAGGCGCUCGCUCCGGGACAUACAUUUUUAACAACUCAAAAAACCUUUCGAUGAUUCCUUGUCCUUUUCGUUUCACAUUAAAAAAAUCCAGGUGUAUUUCAUUUAUUACAAUGUUUUUAUUUUGCAAACAACAACAGCGACAAAUAGCUGCAUCGUAUUGAGCAACAAUUAAUCGAUUUAAAGUGAGCAUGCAAACUUUUACACGGCAUGGCGCCAAAAUUCAGUGUGCCGAUGUUACCAUACUCUCAUUCAUGAAUGCUUUUCAAUAGCAUUACUUUGCAAGACCACGUAAAGGAAACAGGCAACAAACGUCUUUUAUCUAUCAUUUAAACAGUGUGGUGAACAAGUUGGGAAAAUUUAUAUUUCCGUAAAAACAUGGGAAUUAACGAAAAGCAAAUUCAGUAUAGAACGAAGUCAUUUUUGUAACAUGUAUUUUAAAUUUCAUUCAUUUUUUUGUCAUCCACAGAAAUAUACCACCAAGAUCGAUUGCUCCUUCGGGCAGACAGAAGACGACUCUACCUAAAGAGGCUACUACGAUUUUGCGUGAAUGGCUCGACGUUAACAGCCACAGACCUUAUCCUACAAAAGAAGAAAAGGAAAGUUUGGCCAAAAUGACAAAGCUAACUGUAUUACAGGUA